UUGCUUUUCGAGGACAGUUCGUUACUCCAGCGAUUCGCUGCUCCAAGACCUGGCGUGUGUACGUGGAGGGUGUCGGUGAAGCAGAUCGGGAAGGCGGGCGAGCGAAGGGUCGUCUAGGUAUAAAAUAUUGGCCAUAACAAAUCAUGAAAACCGUUCUUCUUCUUGGAGUCUUCGCACUCCUGCUCCUUUCAGGGGCUAGUCUGUGCCGUGCAGAUGAUGAUUCUGACUCUGAAGAAGCAGCACCAACAGUAGAAGAAGAUCUGGGAAAGAGCAAGGAUAGCUCCAAGACUGACGAUGAAGUUGUACAGAGGGAAGAGGAGGCAAUAAAGCUCGAUGGCUUGAAUGUUUCGCAAAUGAAGGAGCUCCGGGAAGGAGCUGAGAAGCAUGCAUUCGAGGCAGAAGUCAAUCGCAUGAUGAAACUCAUUAUCAACUCUCUGUAUCGCAAUAAGGAGAUCUUCCUCCGUGAGUUGAUCUCAAACUCAUCUGAUGCCCUUGACAAGAUCCGCUUCCAGUCUCUCACAGACAAGAACGUGUUGGGAACAACGGAAGAGCUGUCCAUUAAAAUCAAGGCUGACAAGGACACUCACUCACUGCACAUCACUGACACUGGAAUUGGAAUGACAAAGGAGGAUCUUGUCAAGAACCUCGGUACUAUUGCCAAGUCUGGUACCAGCGAAUUCCUCGGCAAGAUGUCUGAAUCAUCUGAUGUGACUGUCCAGAGCGAUCUUAUUGGACAGUUUGGUGUUGGAUUCUACUCGGCCUUCUUGGUUGCCGAUCGUGUUAUUGUCACGUCGAAGCAUAAUGAUGAUAAGCAGUACAUCUGGGAAUCUGAUGCUGAUCAGUUCACGGUCAGUGAGGAUCCACGUGGAGAAACACUGGGCCGUGGCACCACUGUCAGCUUGUUCCUGAAGGAAGAAGCAUAUGACUUUGUGGAACAAGACACACUUAAGGAUCUGAUCAGGAAGUACAGCCAGUUCAUCAACUUCCCUAUCUACCUGUGGUCGAGCAAGACUGAAUCAGUUGAAGAGCCUGUUGAGGAUGAUGAUGAAGAAGAAACUCCAGCUGAAGACAAGAAAGAGGAUGAAGCCGAAAAGAAGGAGGAGGACGAGGAGGCUGAAGCUGAAGUUGAAGAGGAGAAGAAGGAUGACAAGCCUAAGACACAGACCGUUGAGAAAACUGUCUGGGACUGGGAGCUCAUGAACGAGAACAAGCCUAUUUGGACUCGCAGCCCCAAGGACGUGAAGGAUGAGGAAUACAACGACUUCUACAAGGCGUUCAGCAAGGAGAGCGACGAACCACUGGCCAGGAUCCACUUCGUCGCCGAGGGUGAAGUGACUUUCCGCUCCAUCUUGUUCUUGCCCAAGGCUGCACCAGCUGGGUACUACCAGGACGUUUCAAAGCGCAGCAAUCAAGUCAAGCUGUAUGUGCGCCGUGUUUUCAUCACCGACGAAGUCGAUGACAUUCUGCCCAAGUACCUGGCCUUUGUGAGGGGUCUUGUUGACUCUGACGAUCUGCCACUCAAUGUCAGCCGUGAGACUCUGCAACAGCACAAGCUGCUCAAGGUCAUUCGCAAGAAGCUCGUGCGCAAGAUUUUGGAGAUGGUCAAGAAGAUGGAUGCCGACCUGUACAAGGACUUCUGGAAGGAGUUUGGCACUAGCCUGAAGCUUGGAAUCAUUGAGGACCACUCGAAUAGAACGCGUCUGGCUAAGCUUGUGAGAUUCCACUCUUCCGACAGUGCCGAGGAGAUGACCAGUCUAAUGGACUACGUUGAGCGCAUGAAGGACAAGCAGGAGCACAUGUACUACAUGGCCGCUGGCACUCGUGAGGAGGCUGCCUCGUCGCCAUUUGUUGAGAGUCUGCUGAAGAAGGGCUACGAAGUGAUCUAUCUGACCGAGCCGGUUGAUGAAUACUGCAUCCAGAGCAUUCCCGAGUUUGAGGGCAAGAAGUUCCAGAACGUUGCCAAGGAUGGCUUGACGAUCGGAGAUGAAACCGACAAGGCAAAGAAGGCCAACGAGGCCCUGGAGAAGAGGUUCGAGCCCCUCACCAAGUGGCUCGCGGAGACAUCGUUGAAGGAUAACAUUGAGAAGGCUGUCAUUUCCAAGCGCCUUGCAGACUCACCUGUUGCACUUGUUGCCAACCAGUGGGGAUGGUCUGGCAACAUGGAGAGAAUCAUGCGUGCACAGGCUUCCAACGCCCGUGGCCAAGACGACUUCUACAUGAACCAGAAGAAAAUCAUGGAAAUCAACCCACGUCACCCUGUCAUCAAGAAGCUUCUCAGCUCAGUUGAGGAGGAUCCCAAUGACGCAAAGGCACGAGACCUUGCCGUUGUGCUGUAUGAAUCUGCUGUGCUCCGAUCAGGCUUCGCCCUGAAGGACACCAAUGCUUUUGUCGGACGUAUUGAGAAGAUGCUUAGACUCAGCCUGGACGUUGGCCUUGAUGAGCAGGUUGAAGAGGAAGCUGAGCCCGAAGAGGAUGAUGACGAGGAGCCAGUAGAGGAAGAGGCUGCAGAAGAGGAGGAGAGCAGUGAUGCUGGCGCUGAAGAGCCCGCAUUUAACCCCCAAGAUGGUGUCGAUGAGGUUCUAAAGGAGGCUGAGAUGGCAGUUGAGAAGGAUGAGCUGUGAAGCCUCUGACAAACUCUGCCAAGAAGCACUUUGGAAAUGUUUUCCAUCAUAACUACUCUACUAGGCUAACGAGCAUGUAACAUCUCUGUGCUCAUCGUGUUGACACAAAGCGUGUCACACGUCCUCAAAUUUCUUCUAUUAUAUUUCCCUUCCUGCAUCUUUUCACUGCGCCACGCUAAUGCCGACCUCACUGUGGUAUCAUUGUUACUUGAGUUACGCACAGAGUGGCUUUGCUGCAAUUGCUCUUAUUUGAGAUCCAGAAACACAAGGGGCAUGUGCCAAUGUUG